AUCCACACGAACCAAAUCGAAAACUAGACUCGUAUUGGAUCGAACUCGAAGACUGAGAGAGAGAGAGAGAAGAGAGAGAGAGAGAGAGAGAAAAUGGUUAUGGAGGAGCAUGGUGGUGGCUGUGGUUUCCCGGCGCGGUGGGGAGUGGUGGCAAAGCCCUGUGACUCAUGCGAGGCGACCGCUGCGCUGCUGUUCUGCCGGGUGGACUCCGCGUUUCUAUGCAUGGGAUGCGACGCGAAGCUCCACAACAGGGCGGGGAACGCGCGGCACGAGCGCGUGUGGAUGUGCGAGGUGUGCGAGCAAGCGCCGGCCGCGGUCACCUGCAAGGCGGACGCCGCCGCACUCUGCGUCGCCUGCGACCGCGACAUCCACUCCGCCAACCCCCUCGCCCGUCGACACGAGCGCAUCCCGGUGGUGCCCUUCUUCGACACCGCCGAGGCCGUCGUCAAGUCCGCUGCCUUUCACGGCCCCGGCGGCGACGAAAUCUCGGAUUUCACGAACGACAACACUUCUCGUUCCUUCCUUGAUGACGCCGAAACCACCGAGCCGUCGUGGGUUCUCCCCAUCCCAGCCGCCAAAUUGGCCGCUGACCCGCCGGAUAUGAAGUCAAUCGAGUUCUUGUUCUCCGAUUCCGAUCAGUUCCUCGAUCUCGAAUACCCGGUACCCAUCCACAGUUCCCGCACCGAUAGCGUAGUUCCGGUUCAACCCAUCAAAUCUCUUCAAGCUAUGACGCCCCAAAUGAUGAACCAGCCGUCGAAUAACUAUGUAGAGAUCGAUUUCACCGCCUCUAAGUUCAAUUCAUACAACAAUAACAGCAGCUUCACACCUCAAUCUCUAAGCCAAAGCAUUUCGUCGUCGUCUAUGGAAGUGGGAGUGGUUCCAGAUGGAAGCUCGAUGUCGGAGUCAACGUACCCAUUUGGCCGGACCGCCGCAAGCAGCGUUGAUCUGAGCGGUGGUCCGGCGAACGCUUUGCCGAGCCAAGGGACGGACCGGGAAGCUAGGGUUUUGAGGUACAGAGAGAAGAGGAAGAACCGGAAGUUCGAGAAGACGAUCCGAUACGCGUCGAGGAAGGCCUACGCCGAGACCCGGCCAAGGAUCAAGGGCCGGUUCGCCAAGAGGGUCGACGUCGAACCGGAGGAUGCAAUGAUGGACCGGAUUUUCAGCUCUGGUUCGUCGGCUUUCACGGUGGAGGCCACCGGAUACGGCGUCGUCCCGUCGUUUUAAUUAAUAGUGCCUCAAAUAGUCAAUUUCACUACCGUGAUAAAUCUUCAUUUCCAUGUCAAAUAAUGGACGGUUGUCGAUGCCUCUGUAUGAUUAGUGAUUGCUCGUGAUUUUGAUCGACGGAGAUCGUGGCCGUCGAUCCUCUGAGAGAGUAGAUCAACGGUGUAGUGCUCUCUCACAUGUGAAAGCUUUUCUCAGUGCUCCAAAAGCCCAACUAGUUUUUGUUAAAAGGGCUUCCUGUGACUGUGAAGUUAGUCAACUCUUUCCUUCUGAUUUUUUUUUUCUGUUUUCUUUUUUUUUUUGGGAAGUUUUUAAUGAUUAAUAUAGAUCUAGCUCUGAGUUCUGAUUGGUGCA